AUGGGAACGAGGUUGUGUUGCCGUGGAAACGGGGGGUGUGGUUUCCCUGGGAACAGGAAGGGGGCGCUGUUUACAGCGGUGCUGUGCGGUGACGUCACUCGCAUGACGUCAUCAACGGGCUGGGGGCGGGCUGGGGUUCAGGGCCCGUCCUGGGGGAUUGGCCCCGGACUCGCUGUCGCGGCCGCUCGGGACACGCGGCCACCGCCGGUCCCCGCAGGCCGGGACAGUCCCGACCCUCGCAGCGCGAUGGCAGCCGCGACCUGCGACAGCGACCCGAGCCCGGGACUCCGCUCCCGCGGUGCCGGGGGCUCCUCCCCGCGCUCCCGGGACCCCUCCGCCCUCCCGGCACCUCCGGGGCUCGGACGCCGCUCGGGGAGCGCCGGCUGCGGGGCUUUGGGCACCGGCGGGCACCGGGCAGGGCUGGAGCCGGGCCGGCCUUGGGGGGCGAUUUGGGGACAGCCCCGGCUCCGUCCCGGGGCUCUCGGGGCGCUGCCGCCGCUGCCGGGCUCCGGCUCGGCCCAGGGGCUCGGCAGCAGCGGGAUCGGUGCCCGAGGCCAUCCCGAGGUGCCCGAGCCCUCGGCCGGGUGUCACCGAGAGGGGACAAACAGGGAGCGGCAGCUGCUUCCCCUCUGCGGGGCAGCUGCGAGGGAACCAUGUCCCCCAGUCUCACAGCACAUUCUCAUAGACGUCACUGGGGUCCCAGGGUUGCCCAUGGGGUCCCGGUAUCUCAUCGUGGUCACCAGGGGGAGAACCCCCAAAAUCACUGCACGAUCCUCCAGGACCUCACCAAAUCCCCAAGGACUCCCUAUUGAGGUCUCUGGGGGGCUCAGCUACACCCAAGUCAGGAACUGUUGGUGCCACCCUCUGCCCCCACACUCUGAGGAGCUUCACCCCAAUCCCUGGGACCCCCAUGCCCCCCCAUUGUCACCCACCCCGGUGGUGCCACCAGUGACAGCCCCCGAUGACAGCCAGGAGCAGGAGCAGCUGGUUGGUGGCCAUGCACUGGUAGGUGCCCGAAUGUCCCACACCGACGUCCCCAAGCUCCAGGAGGGGACCCCGGGCCAGCUCCUGGCCGUUAAGCUGUACAGGAGUGGGGCUGGGGGCCGCAGGGGGCUGGGGGUGCUGAGGCAUCUGAGAUUGAGGGGAGACCCCUCGGUGAGCUCAGGGGGACCCUCCAGCACCGGCACCGAGAAGAGCUCUGGGAAGGAGAUGGGGCCCCGGCAGCGCAGUGUCACCGUGUCCCCCUCCAGCAGUGCCCGUGCUGGCACCUGCAGCACCAGCGGCUCUGUGGGACAGCAGGGUCCCGUCACACUGAGGAGCCUGAGACAGCUCCCAAGUGCCACUCUCGGUGACAAGGAAGCUGUCGCGUCCAUCCUGCCCCCAGCGCCGCCCGUCCUUGUACCAGGUGGUGGCACCGGCGGUGCCCGAGCCCUGGCAGGUCACCUCUACCAGCCCUACAGCACCUGUCCCCAUGGCCACAUCCCCAUGGCCCUGUGCUCACUUGAUGAUCCUGUAGAACACCUGAUCAGGGAAUGGGUUGGGGGAACCCCAGGGUGGGGGAAGCAGAGGCAGGAGGAAGAGGCUGUUUGUGCUGAGAGCCACACGGGGCAGGAUCUGAGCCAGCAAGAGCAGCUUGGGAAUGGAGCCCCAGGCAGGAAGGAGCUCCCAAAGUCCUCCUGCUGGGAGCCAGUGGCCAUCCAGAGCCGCCAGCCAGGGGACAGGUGGCCCUGGCAGCGAGUGACAGCCAGUGCCCAUGGCUGGGGACACCGGGAUGGCCGGGAAGCCCAGACCCUCGGCCUCGCUGGUGCCCAGACCACCCAGCUCCUCGUGCAGCCCCCCUGGACCCCGGCGGUGCUGUGGGACCGGGUGACACUGACCUGCCAGGGCUCGGGCACCGCUGGUGCCACCACCUGGUUCAAGGACGGGCAGCGCUGGGGGCAGGAGGGACGCGACAGCUUCCUUGUCACCGAGAGUGGCACCUACACGUGUGACAGACCCGGCAGUGGGCACAGCCCCCCCGUGCUGGUGUCAAAUGAGCCGCUGGUGCUGCAGGUGCCAGCACGGGCACUGCUGGAGGGGGACACGGUGACACUGCGCUGCCGGGGCAGGCCAGACAAGCCUGUCACCAGCGUGCGAUUUUACCAGGACAACAAGAAUUUGAGUGGGUCCAUGAACAGCACGGAGAUGUCCCUGUCCCACCUGCAGCUUCACAGCAGUGGUCGCUACCGCUGCACAGGCUGGGUAGGCUCAGUAGUUAAAGUAUCAGCACCAGUAUCAGUCACAGUGCAUGAACUGAUGCUGGUCUUGUUUCGGGAAGGUCCCCCCGAGCUCACCGAGGGGUCCCCCCUCAAUCUCAGCUGCCUCAGCACCCCCAGCCCCCUGCGGCCCCCAGCCCCCCUCCUGUACAGCUUCUACCGGGAUGGGCAGAGGGUGGGGGGCCCGCAGGGGUCCCCGCACCUCCUGGUGCCUGCUGUGGGAGUCUCCCACUCGGGGAAUUACACCUGCGAGGUGAGCUCUGAAGAGGGGACCGUGCAGAAGAUCAGUGCCCGGCUCGGGGUCACGGUGCGCAGGGUCCCACCCUCGGGAGUGUCCGUGUCGGUGCAGCCCCCCGGAGGACAGGUGGCACUGGGGGACAGCCUGGUGCUGAGCUGCACGGUGACCAUGGGGACAGGUCCCCUGUCCUUCUCCUGGCACCGGGAGGGCUCGGGGGCAAUGCUGGGCACCGGCCCCCGACUGGAGCUGCGGCACAUUGGGGACAAUGACAGCGGCCACUACCAGUGCCGGGUCAGCGAUGGUGAACGUGUGGCCCAGAGUGUCCCCAUGAAUGUCACUGUCCUGGUGCCCGUGGCCAAUGCCACCAUCACCCCCGGUCCCCCGGCACUCCAGGUGCGCCCAGGUGACCCCGUGACCCUGCGCUGCUCGGUGCAGGUGGGCUCAGCCCCUGUCACCUUCACAUGGCUGCACAAUGGGCAGGAGCUGGCUCGGGGUCCCCUCCUGGAGAUUGGGGACGUCGAUGUAGGAUAUUCAGGCACCUACCAGUGCAUGGCCACCAACCAGCUGGGACAGGACGGGCACCGCGUGUUCCGGGCACUCAGCCCAGAGCUGGCCCUGGAGGUGACACCACAGGGAACCACUGGACACCGCGGAAACACUGCAGUGGCCACAGGGCUUGGCGGGUCCCUCCUCUUCCUGGUGCUGCUCCUGGGUGGAGCUUUGGGCUGGCGCCGGUGGAACAGCAUGAGUGGGCCCCUUCCGGAGCCCCCGGCCCCCCCAGAGGAGGGGGAGGUGCUGUACACCCACAUCGUGAUCACCGAGCAGAUGGGGGCGUCCCCCCGUGCCACCACACUCCAGGAUCCCCAGGUGACCUACGCGGAGCUGCCAGCAACCCAUGGGCGACCAAGGGAAUCUGGGGACAUCUACGGGAAUGUGCUGUGA